CUCAGUAACCGAACUGAGUCGUCGAGAGCUCCUGGCCGAGUGCACAGGGCAGAUCUUUGAUCCGGUCCCGGUGGAGAGCUAUUGGGUCGGGGCCGCGUUUGUCCACCGCCACUUGGCCGCGCUUGCGGCUCGCGUCACUCCCCUGGGAUUUAACAGCACGUUAAUUUCCCGUCCUGGUCCAUCCUUCCUGAGUCCCUCGCCCCUCCCUCUCCGGCUCUCCCCGCUCCGUACCCUCCGCCUCGGGCUCCCCCAGUCCUCCCGCGCUACGCUCCGUCGCCCCCGCGCGCCCGGGCGCACGCCUUUUCCGCCUCGACCGCCCUCAGUCUCCCAGCGUCGGGCCGCCGGGCCCUGCGCGCAGCCCCGCUCCCGGGCUCGUCCCAAGAGCCGCGCCUGCGUCUCCGCUGCUGGCGCGGAUCCCCCGCCAUGCGCCCCUGCACCGCCCCCGGCGCCCCCGCGGGCGCCGCCGCCGCGCUCGGACUCUGCAGCCUCCUGCUGCUGCUCCAGCCAGGGCGCGCGUGCCCCGCGGGCUGCGCCUGCACCGACCCGCACACGGUGGACUGCCGAGACCGCGGGCUGCCCAGCGUGCCGGACCCCUUCCCUCUGGACGUGCGCAAGCUGCUGGUGGCCGGCAACCGCAUCCAGAGCAUCCCCGAGGACUUCUUCAUCUUCUACGGCGACUUGGUCUACCUGGACUUCAGGAACAACUCGCUGCGCUCGCUGGAGGAGGGCACUUUUAGCGGCUCGGCCAAGCUCGCCUUCCUUGACCUCAGCUACAACAACCUGACCCAGCUGGGCGCCGGCGCCUUCCGCUCGGCCGGGAGGCUGGUCAGACUGAGCCUGGCCAACAAUCGCCUGGCGGGCGUGCACGAGGCCGCCUUCGAGACCCUGGAGUCGCUGCAAGUGCUGGAGCUCAACGACAACGACCUGCGCGGCCUCAGCGUGGCCGCCCUGGCCGCGCUGCCGGCGCUGCGCACCCUGCGCCUGGACGGGAACCCGUGGCUCUGCGACUGUGACUUUGCCCACCUCUUCACCUGGAUCCAGGAGAACCCGGCCAAGCUGCCCAGAGGCCUCGAUGAGAUCCAGUGCUCCCUGCCCUUGGAGAACAGGAGGGUGUCCCUCCAAGAGCUGUCGGAGGCCAGCUUCAGCGAGUGCAAGUUCAGCCUCUCACUCACAGACCUGUUCAUCAUCAUCUUCUCCGGCGUGGCGGUGUCCAUUGCCGCCAUCAUCUCCAGCUUCUUCCUGGCCACCGUGGUGCAGUGUUUCCAGAGGUGCACCCCCAACAAAGACGCCGAGGAGGAAGACGAGGACGAGGACGACUGAGCCACCCCUCCCACCCUUCACUUUCAGGAACCCACGGUGGUGGCUCCCCUUUGAGGAGAGAGGGAAAUGGCAAAAAGGAAAACGACCACCACCAGUGCACGGAGCACAGAGCGGCACUUGUUCAGUGCCUCACACCGGGCGGGACCUCUGAGCUCCGAGUCUAGAGCCCGUGGAGCCAGGCGCUCAGGACAGAUUCCUGGAGGAGAGGCUGCCUCUCGGCUUGAGGUGUGCGUGUGGGACAUGACCCAGUCCGGCUUCCUCGCUGCUGGCUGACAACGAACCUAGGGGAUGUGAGACCAGCAGCUCUUGACCACAAAGAUGAUUUCAAGUCGUCCGUUUCCCUGACCUGGCCCGGGAGACCAUGCCGCACCUCCUUCCUCCCGAGAGGCAGCAGCUCGGAGAGUGGGGAUUGGGUUUCAGGUCCCUCUCCCACGAUUGGCUAAGAGGCACCGAGGAGAGAGCUGAGAACUAGCCACAGGGUGUUUGUUGUUACGUUUUGGUGAGCGGGUCAGGAAAACUUCGGUCUGCAGAACUCAAACCCUGAUCCUUACCCGUAGAGGCAGCAAUCCAAAGAGGAAGGACGGCUGUUUCGUUCGGUCGUCAGGGCCUCUGCUCAGAGUUGCUCUUCCCUCUGAAAGUGUUUCCCUUCCUUGUCCCCAUACUCGGCCCCCCAAGUCCCUUCUCAGCCAAAUAAGACUUGGCCAUUCUCUGUGCUGGCCCCGUCCUAGGGCUUCCACUAAAACCUUCCUGGUGGCUGCACUUCCAGAAGGCAGGAGCAACAAAAUGGCAAAAUACAACAAAACAAACGAACUGGGGCUUGGCCUCUGAAAACUCUCCAUCCCUGGCCCUUGGGUGUGUGUGACAAUUUUUUGGAGCUCAGGCUGUGACAGGCACUGUUUUCCAGGGUCGGAAGGCAGCAUGCUGUUCACGGACGAUGAUGAAAGAAUGUCCUUCCAGGUCGCAGUGGGUUAAUGUGAUCCAGCAAAGGGCAAACCCUCGGGCAGCAGCUCCGGCUCUUGCUGGGUCCGGCGCUCAGGGGAGGGGCUCAGGGGGAACUCCAGGGAUACUGUCGAGCGUUGCUUCUCCAUUGUUCCUCGUAAUACACUCCUCCUGCAUCUGUGUCUGCCUCCAUCUCGCCUUUCCACCUUUGCUCCCACAAAGAAUUACUGAGGGUUUGCUAGGCACCAGGCAUCGAAUUAGAAACACAGGCCCCUGCUCGUGUGGGCCUCCUAUUACAAGUGGUGAUGAGCCCCUUGAAGGGCAUAAAGGAGGUCUUGUGACAGAGUGACUGGUAGAAGGCAUUCAAGAGUGGGUGGCUGGGCCCUGGCCAGAGUAGCUCAGUUGGUUAGAGAGUCAUCCUGACACACUAAGGUUGCAAGUUUGAUCCCCGGUCAGGGCACAUGCAAGAAUCAACCAAUGAAUGCAUCAAUAAGCGGAACAAAAAUGCUCUCUCUUUCUCUGUCUCCCUCCCCCCUUGCUCUCUAUAAAUAAAUAAGUAAACAAAUAAAGUGGGGAGUUGGAUAUAUUAGGGCUCACCAGAGAAACAAAACCAAAGGAGGAGAUGUGUAAUCUAUCCAUCCAUCCAUCCAUCCAUCCAUCCAUCCAUCCAUCCAUCCAUCUAUCCAUCCAUCUCGAGCAGCUGUAAGGAGUUUGCUUACAUGCUUUCAGAAACUGAGAAGUGCCGUGAUCUGAAGUUGGCCACCCUGAGGGCUGAGAAAAGCCGGUGGUCUGGCUCCAGUUGGGUCCAGAGGCUUGACCACUGUGUGCAGUUCAGAGUUGGAGGGCGGAAGAAGACCCCGGUGAGGCAGUCAGGCAGAGCGUGGAGGACUGUCUGCCUCACACAGUCCACAGAUUCUAACCUUGACCUCCUCCAGAAGGACCCUCACAGACACACCGGAACAAUGCAUACCUGGCCACCAUUCGGCCCAGUCAAGCUGAGGCAAGAAAUGAGCCAUCCCACUGGGGAAGAGCUUUGAUUGGGUGCCUUGGAGCUGAACCCUGCCUCCUUCCUCUCUCACCCCCUUGCCUGCCUCCCUCCCUUCUUCCACUCUCUCUGGUCUUCUUCCCCACCCCUGACACUGGAGGAGAUUCUUGGAAACGCCCUCAAGCCUCCAGCAUGCUUGGCUCCAGGGGAGGAGACCCCAGGCUCCAAGCGGCUUUCUCCUCCCACCGGACAGAUGGAGAAGCAGGCAGCCUCUUCCCGGACUCCAUGGCAACUUCAGCGCCUGAAUGACCACUUCCGUAGAAGGCUCCGCCUUGAGUGCAGGUCAUGCUUCCAUUGAGGAAACCAUGUAGGCAAACUGCAGUUGGUCAUCCUGAGCCCCCAGGUGGUACUCGAGUUUCAGUCUAAAGGUUUCAGCCAUUAUUUACACCUUGUUAUGAGAGAAGGUUCCCGGAGAAGGUUUUCAGACCUGGAGAGAAGGGAACCCCACUGACAUGGCGCCCCCUGGAGGGAAGAUGAAAGAUGACAGGGAGGACCAAGCGUUCCCAGGCUAAGCAUCUGAGACACAAAACAGUCUAGUGCCAGCCCAGCCACAGACGAGCAGCAGCCGAGACUUGUGUGGGGCUGGAAUGCUGCCUGUCAUCGCAGUCUCCAUCCCCUACCCCCAGGAGCAGCCUCUCAGGACCCAGUAGGGCCCCCAGCAAAGCCACACUGUGUUUCUUCCAGGAUCCUAACAGGAGGGUGUCUGGAACUGUGGAAAUAGCAGGAGACCCUGUUACAACAGGUUCUGGUGAAUGCAUUCCCUCAUAAUGAGACCAUUUUCUUCCUUAUCUGCAUCAAGGGGCUCCUUCUGGUCCGUGAGUGUGGACUCUGCAGGGCAUAGGGGCCAGCAGUCACUUCCUGAAUGAGUGAGUGACAAGGGGAGGGGCAACCUGGGGCUUCCUGAGCACCGACCGACCGUCACUGCGGCCAGCUGCACCCUAGGAAUGAACACGAUGCUGAGGAAGAGGACGAGCUUUACAACACAGCCCGCGGAAACAGUUACUGCCCGAUGUAGACCUCCCGUGAAAUACUAGGGGUGCUGGGGACAGGCGGGACAUCUGCGGGGUUCGCUGACCGGGAGCCACAGCUCAGUGGGGACGGGCCCCUGGAGACGUGACAGGGCACAGACAACAAGCGAUGGUUCGGGGCUCCCUGACUUGCAGUGGGGUCUCCAGUCAUUAUUAUUAUUAUUAUUAUUAUUGACCAUGGAAAUGACCAUGCUCUACAGCAGUAUAGGGCCUCCCAUGUAGCAGACAUGGCCCUCGGAUCUGCACACGUGUCAUUUGGGUCUCAGAUGUCACCCCCUCCGAAUCACUCUUGUCGCAGCAAUCCAUGUUAUUUCCCACACGACAUGUACCGUGAUGUGAAAUUAUCCCAUUUCUUCGUUUAUCGUCUGUAUAUCUGGACCUGAACAUGAGCUGCCCCAGGGCAGGAACUGCGUGGUUUGUGUCUCGGUGUUUCAAGCAGUGCCUGGCACACAGUCGUGGUUCGACAAGAUAACGGGGGCUGAAAGAGCAGACAAAUGAGUUCCAGGCACCAUACUAGAAACACUACAGACAUGAACUCCAUCUGGGCAUCCUCACAACUCCUGGCGAGUGCUGCCAUCGUCCCGAUCUUACAGACGAGGACCCCAAGGCUCAGAGAAGGUGGAGGGACGCCUUGGCCGCUGGUGUUUGACCGCUGCACAGCGGCUCCAUCCAGCUGCAUUCCCUUCUAUGGCCAGCAGGGGCAGUGUGGAGCGGCACCUUUCUUGGGGCUGUGCUCUGGGCUCUAGGAAAAGCAGCCUGCGCUGGGUAGGCACACUCAGAAAGAGUUAUUUUGAGCGUCAAAUCCAUCAUCUUGGACCCCAUCGAGAGAAUCAAAACCACCAAAAUAUCUUGUCUCACGGUCUCACUCUCCUUAAGAUCUAAGGACCAAAGACUGCAACAGCAUCACAAACGAAUUUGUCUCACUGUGGCGCCAGUUGGGUGGCGCCAGUGCAACCCUUGAACCUGGGCAAGGGGUCCCCGCCCUGGCUCUCCUCCAACUCUGCUCUUCCCCCCUGGGGUGAAGAAUCUGUGAGGCCAAGGGCACCCCGAAUCAUUGCUCUCUUCCAGACCAUUCGUGGGGCACUCAGGAUUUCAGAAUUUCCAGCUCAAUUGUCUCCAAACUUGGGAGUGAGCCUGUCUUCCCAUCAUCGCUCCACCAGAGGGGACUGAGUGGCCAGGCAGUAGAUAUUGCUGGGGGACGUGAGCAGGGUUUGGAUGUGAGACGUGGGGUGUCCACACAGGGGGAACCAGGGCUGGGGAAGAAAAGGGGCAGGUGUCAGACGGCUCGGCCCACUGGCCAGAUUCCGGGAGAUUCAAGAAUGUCAUUUAGCCCUGGUCUUGCCAUUCAUCAACAAGGUAUUUUUGUCAAGGUAGCUGAAUACAACAUUUUUUUUAACACUUUA